AGCCCAGCGGAUUGGCCCCAGAUUGGGAUUCAGUUGCAUUGGAGAUGCCUUACUGAGCGGUCAGCCUGGCCGUUCCGAUCCGUCGCGUUUGUGCCAUAUCGUUCAGAUUCGCUCCGCCAUAGCCACCGGUUUUGAGUUUACAAUUGAGUGUUCGUCGUGUGCAGUUUUGAUUUGCCUAACUAUUUGUAUUCCUUGUAUUUUUUUGCUGUGCUUCUGAUUGCCAUACUGUGGAGUGAUUGCUGCACUUGAAAAACAUAGAAUCAGCGGCGUAUUCCCUUAUCAAAGUCCGGAAAAGGUCGUGUCGAAGCGCAUGAAAAUGCCUACGAAUUGGUGCCUGCUCCUUGGCGCUUUUGUGCUCAGCAGCUGCUCCUGCGCGGAAGCAGCCGCCACAGUGGGUCGGCCCUGCCAGGUGACGGAUACCAUGCCGGGAAUCUGCAGGACCUCCUCCGAUUGCGAGCCCCUGAUCGAUGGCUACAUCAAGUCGGGAGUCCUGACGCUCAACGAUGUGCCCAGCUGUGGGCUCGGCGCUUGGGGUGAGAUCUUCUGCUGUCCCACCAAGCCGUGCUGCGAGAAUAGUAACUUAACAACUGUCUCCACAAGCUCCACCACGAGCACAAGAGCUCCAAUGGUCAGGACGGUCCAAGACCUGGUUCGUGUGGAUGUGCCCAAGGGAUUUGUAGCCGGAGAUCGUCCAGCAGUGGCAGCUUGCAAGAAGAUUCGCGAGCGAAAACGGCAGCGGAGCGGCAACCAAUUGGUCAUACACAUCGUGGGCGGCUAUCCCGUGGAUCCGGGCGUAUAUCCCCACAUGGCGGCCAUUGGGUACAUCACCUUUGGCACCGAUUUUCGGUGCGGCGGAUCGCUCAUCGCCAGCCGCUUCGUUCUGACCGCCGCCCAUUGUGUCAACACUGACGCCAAUACGCCGUCCUUUGUCCGCUUGGGAGCUGUGAACAUUGAGAAUCCGGACCAAUCCCACCAGGAUAUCGGCAUACGAAGCGUAAAAAUCCAUCCGCAAUAUGUGGGCCAUAAGUACAACGAUAUCGCCGUCUUGGAACUGGAGCGCGACGUGGUCGAGACGGAUAACAUCCAGCCCGCCUGUCUGCACACGGAUGCAGCCGAUCCGCCAUCGAGCUCCAAGUUCUUUGUCGCCGGUUGGGGCGUCCUCAAUGUAACCACUCGGGCCCGUUCCAAGAUCCUGCUGCGUGCGGGUCUGGAUCUGGUGCCGCUGGACCAGUGCAACAAAUCCUAUGCGGAGCAGCCGGGCUCCAUACGGAUGCUCAAGGAGGGCGUGGUCGACUCGCUGCUGUGCGCCAUCGAUCAAAAGCUCAUUGCCGACGCCUGCAAGGGCGACUCCGGUGGGCCGCUGAUCCAGGAAUUCAGCGUGGACGACGGCAUGUACACCAUUAUGGGCGUCAUCUCGUCGGGAUUCGGAUGCGCCACCGUCACCCCGGCACUCUACACGCGCGUGUCCUCCUAUCUGGACUUUAUCGAGGGCAUCGUCUGGCCGGACAAUCGGGUGUAAACUAACCAUUUUUUUUUUUUUGUACAUGACUUCUAUUUGGGAUCAGGACUGCCCGAUCCAACAAAAUCUCUAUGAGAUCCGCGAUCCUAUCAACCUACCAAUAAAGUAGAUACGUUUUAAGCUAGAA